AUGAAUCAGAUUGCAACAACCUGCAUAAAGAUCUGAUAUCUACCUGAGAAAAUGUUCCAGAUCCUCACAAUACUAUUGCUGGAAACACAGCUCUCCAUGGUUUCAGCUUUAUUUACAGUGGAGGUUCCUCAACAGCUCUACACUGUGGAGCAUGGGGGCAAUGUGACCAUGGAAUGCAGAUUCCCUGUGAAUGGCUCAGUGGAUCUAGGACUGCUGACUGUUGUUUGGGAGCAGAAGAGGCAGGGCUGGUUGAAGUCAAAAGAGGUAUACACAUUCCGCAAUGGGAAGGCACUCCAUCAAUCCCAGCAUCCUGAUUACAUAGGAAGAGCAUCACUUCUGCACAGUGAACUGAAGUUGGGACGAGCCAUUCUUCAGAUCACCAAUGUGAAGAUAACAGAUACAGGCUCAUACCUUUGUCUCCUUGACUACCAGGGAGUGGACUACAAGUACAUUGCUUUGGAAGUAAAAGCUUCUUACAAAAGAAUAAACACUCAAGUAAUGAGAAUACCAGGUGAAGACGAGUUUGUUUUUAUGUGCCAGUCAGAAGGCUUUCCGCUGGCAGAGGUUUUCUGGCAAAAUGAGAACUUCAAUCUCAGUAGACCUGCAAAUACCACCUAUACACUGACUGCAGAUGGCCUCUACAAUGUCACCAGCAUCCUGACAUUCAAACCAAAUACGAGUGAGAACUACACCUGCGUCUUCUGGAAUAAACAAUUGAAUGGAGAAAUUUCAGCUCAUGUUUUCACUUUAGCUUUAAUGAGUACACAGUAUAGUGGACAAAAAUUCCUGAUCUCUUUAAUCAUCCCCACAUGUGUGACUGUAGCUGUCCUUCUCUCUGCACUAAUAAUAUUUCAGAAGAGAAAAUCAUUCAAGAAUGAGCAACCCAAAAAAGACAGGAAAAGAAAACUGAACCCUAAUGCAAAGGAUAACAAUGAUGAUUUUAACUCUCCGACUGAGGCUUUGUACUUGUCAACUGUCACAGCUUCAAGAGACAGUGGGAGCAUGGGCCUGUGA